AUGGCCCAUAAAUCCCAUCGACAAAAGGCUCUUCAAGCUCAACUCGAAGCUCAACCAACCCUCUCUCUCGUAUCUCAAAGAAGCAAGAAACCCGUUCCUCCAAAAGUCGUUGAGCAGUCUAUGGACGUAGAUGACGAUGAUGUAGUAAUCUCCAGCACAACUUCAGCUACCAAUGGUGAACCUAGUAGCAGUACAGCUGGUACAGCCAGUGGUUCCGGAUCUGGAUUCGCCCCCUUACCCCAAUCUCAAGCUAAUGGUGUAUUGAAAGGUGAAUUCAGAAGGAUACCUAUUCCACCUCAUCGAAUGACUCCGUUGAAGAAGGAAUGGGUGAAUCUGUAUACUCCUAUGGUCGAUAUGCUGGGAUUGCAAGUUAGGAUGAAUACGCUGAGAAGAGCUGUGGAGUUGAAGACCUCAGGCCAUACAGUCGAUUCGGGAGCUAUUCAGAAAGGCGCGGAUUUCGUGAAAGCUUUUUCACUAGGAUUCGAUGUCAACGAUGCUUUAGCAUUACUCCGAUUAGAUGACUUAUAUCUCGACUCGUUCGAAAUUAAAGAUGUGAAGACAUUACAUGGUGAUCACUUAUCAAGAGCUAUCGGUCGUAUAGCAGGUGAAGGUGGUAAGGUGAAAUUCUCAAUUGAAAAUGCCAGUAGAACCCGUAUAGUCUUAGCGGACACACAUAUACAUAUCCUAGGUUCUGUUCAGAAUAUCAAAAUUGCCAGAGAUGCAAUAGUAUCUUUGAUCUUGGGUUCUCCACCAGGCAAAGUGUACGCUCAUUUGAAGAUGGUCGGAGCAAGGAUGAAACAGAGAUUCUAG